CUGAGGCGGAGCACAGACGAAACGAUCCCGCGCUGAGGUGCGCACGCGCCACACAACCGACGCUACCAAGAAAAUCUCGAAUUAAUUUAAUACAAGACACGAUAAGUACGUUAUACGUUGGUACCAUAAACUCAGCACAGCUGAUCGUGUUGUUUACAUUGUGGCAAACUGUUCAAACUAAUGUGGUAUUAAAGGAUCAGAAGCGGCUAUGAUCUAAUCGAGUUUAAGUGCGUUAAUUGAUAUUAGAGUGCUUUAAAAAACUAGUUUAUAAUUAUAUGUGUUUGAUUGUGUUUGUGAAAUGGGUGCUGUGAAGAGCAAGUUGGCAUAUUGUUGCCCUCCUAACUGCUUCUGCUGCAGGAUCGGGAAGUCGGAUUCUUACGAUCUUAAAGAGCUUCCUCGACCCCCACAUCUCAACAACUCACACGAUGUCGUCGACGCGACGCGACACGGCGUGCUUGCGGUGCAGGGAAUUGAUUUCUGUGUCGACACCAAUGGAGAGAACCAUCACACGGAAAAGUUCAACCUGAUGACGAGGACUGACGACAAGUGCCUCGUGGUGAGACGAGGACAGGCCUUCAAACUGGACAUACUCCUCAACAGACCCUACGAUGCCAGCAAAGACGCCGUCUCGUUUAUUUUCUACGUGUCAGAUGUAGAAACACGAGGUCCUUCAGAUGAGACUUCAGCCGCGGUUCCGUUGCUGGAGAAAGGAUCGGAAACUUUCGGAGCAUGGAGCGCGACCUACGAGGGUCAAGUGGACUCGCACCUCAUGGUAGCGGUGACUGCCGCCGCAGACUGCAUCGUAGCUUCCUGGAGGCUCGAUGUGGAUACCAGGAUAAGUGGAGGCAGCUCGCUCAGCUACAGACAUCCUUUGCCAAUCUACGUGCUCUUCAACCCUUGGUGCUUGAAUGAUAGCGUUUAUAUGCCAGGUCACAAUCACCGCGACGAAUAUGUUUUGGCAGACGGAGGAUUGAUGUUCAGGGGAGUUUACAAUCGUAUUAAACCUACUCCGUGGAACUACGCACAAUACGAAAAAGAUAUACUAGACUGCGCGCUUUAUCUAGUCAGAGAAGUUGGAAAGGUUAAAGGCGGUGCAAGAAGUGAUCCCAUUCGAACUACACGAGCGCUAUCAGCGGCUGUGAACGUACAGGAUGAUAACGGUGUCAUUUUUGGAAACUGGGGCGCAGAUCUAAGUGACUACAGCGGAGGCACACAUCCCUUGAAAUGGGUCGGCUCCUUGCAAAUCCUUCAGAAAUACUAUGAGAAGAAGAAGCCUGUUAAAUAUGGACAGUGUUGGGUAUAUGCUGGAGUUUUAACUACGAUUUGCCGAGCGCUGGGUAUUCCUUGUCGGCCGGUGACGGGAUACGAUGCAGCCCAUGACAGUCAAGGAAGUCUUACCAUUGAUAUCAUCAAGGAUGACAAAGGAAACACACUUGAAGAGUAUAGCAACGACUCAGUAUGGAACUAUCACGUAUGGAACGAGGUUUGGAUGGAACGACCAGAUCUAGGCCCCGAAUAUGGUGGUUGGCAAGCAAUAGACGCUACACCACAGGAAACCUCUGAAGACAUGUUCAGAUGCGGACCUGCCUCAUUACGAGCUGUCAAGGAUGCAGAGCUACAGAGACCGUACGAUGCAGGCUACGUCUUUGCUCAAGUUAACGCAGACAAGGUGUUAUGGAAAUAUUCGGGAGAAAUCCAACCACUGAAGUUAAUGGCACGUGACGCUGUGUCUAUUGGACAAAAUAUUUCAACGAAAGCUAUUGGAAAGAUGGAACGAGAGGACAUAACUAAUACAUACAAGUAUCCUGAGAGAACGCGUGAGGAACGUGUUACUAUGGAGAAGGCCCUGCGCAAGUCUCAGAGUAUCUUUGCUCGGUACUACUUGAAUGACGUUUUCAAUGAUGUCACUUUCGACUUUGACCUCGUUGACGAUAUCAAGAUUGGACAGAACUUCAAUGUGGUUCUUCACAUUAGAAAUCGAUCGAGUUCAGAGUCACAUCAUGUGAAGGGUGUCCUUCGAGUAGACACGGUCACUUAUACGGGAGUGACUGGCGACGGAGUGAAGAGGUCGGAGUUUGACAUCAACCUUGCUCCCGAAGGCAAGGAGGUCGUUAAGAUGCUAGUCACAUACGACGAAUACUAUAAGAAACUGGUUGACCAGGCAUCCUUCAACAUCGCCUGCCUCGCUACCAUUGUGGACAAGAACUUCGACUUCUUCGCCCAAGAUGACUUUAGAGUUCGUAACCCUGACAUCAAGAUCAGUAUCGAAGGGAAGCCGGUGUCCCGCCAAGAGUUCACCGUCACCGUCGUAGUUGAGAACCCUCUCCCGAUCCCUCUCACUAAGGGCAAGUUCUACAUCCAAGGUCCUGGGCUCGAAGAACAACUUAAGAUUCAACUUGAUAAGAGUGUGGCGCCGGGAGAGUUUGCAACAGCUACCUAUAAGCUGACCCCGCCGUGGGCUGGUCGCCACCAAAUCUCCGCCAAAUUCACGUCCAAGGAGAUGCGUGACGUCGACGGAUUCCUUUCAUUCAUAGUCGCCGCUCCUUCUGAGACCAACGGCCAUCCUCCAGAAACUGUCGAAAGCCAUCAAAUUUAAACAAAAUAAAAACGAUAAAUUUUCUUUUUCUGUUCGAAAAUAAUGAGACAGUAUUGUAAAGUGUUCAUCUUGAUAAAUUUGUCCUGAAAUGUGUCGUUUGUACCGGAACGAAACUAUGUGUACCAUAAUAUUAUUAUACAUGGUUUAAUUUCGAUGUAUCUACUUAAGCUAUUUAUUUUAUUUUGAUUGUAAGUAAAUUCUGCAAUAGUAAGAUAGUUUUAACUUUUUAUAUGUGUUAAUUAACAAUUUAUUAUGCCUAUAUAGAUAAGUUGUUGACUGCCACCAGUGGUGCUCUCAUAUAUAAGUAACUAAUAAUAAUAAAAAUGUAUAAAUAAAUG